AUGUCGUCCAGGGUCACCCGCUCGUCCGCCCGUCAAGCAGCGAGACAAGCAGCGUCCUCCAUCUCCCACUCGACCGCCGCGGCCACCCCCGAAUCUGCACCUGCUCCUCCGCCGACCCUGCCGACUCCCACAGCUGCCCCAAGCACUCGGAAGCGAAAAAACAAUACUAGUCCGGCUCAGGCUUCCACCGAACCGCCGUCGUCGGCUCGCAGGCCCAAGCGACAGCGGGUGGCACAGCCAUCACCGCAGCCCCAACCAGCUCCCCUCCCAGCGCCGAGUACAUUUUCUGUUUCACGACGUAAGAAGGGCAAGGCUCCCACGACUAUGUCGAGUCCAGGAGCCCCAGCAGGUCCUGCCAACCCACCGGAGAACGCACCAUCGGCAUCGUCAAAUAGGCGGUCCAGCCGACACAAAAAGACAGUUGCUAGUGCUCGAGGUAUGCCGCCGCCGCCUGUGCACCUCCGUGCCCACAAUCUCACCCUGCCAGCCCCAGAUGAAUCAGGCGUCCAGGGCCCCAGCUCGAGCCGGCGAUCGAAACGGGUUGCCAGCGAGGCACAGGAUCAGGAUGUCGUCAUGGGUGGCACCGAAGAACACGAGAAAGGGUCUGCAGCUCCGCCACCGCCGCCACCACCUCUCGAGGAUAAGUUCCCAGAAGAUAGUGACGAGAAUGACGAGGACGACGAGGCCUUGCGACGUUACGACGAUGACGACGUUGAUCCCUUCGGCGGAUUUGGCGGCCCGGGAGGUUCAAUCCCUGGCCUCAGCAACACCCUCCGAACUCUGACGGGCAUGGUGUCUGGCACUUCUGCGAGGCUCCGGGAUAUCCUGAAUAAUCUCCGACAGAAGGAUGACCCAACCAUGCAGCUCAUCGCGUUGCAGGAGCUUUCUGAGCUGCUGCUGAUUCACAACGAAGACACUCUUUCAGGACACUUCUCGCCCGAUGCGUUCGUGAAGGAGCUGGUAGCCUUGAUGCAGCCGAACGAGCUCACGGGUGAGGAAAACCCAGAGGUCAUGCUCUUGGCGUGCCGCUGCCUCGCCAAUUUAAUGGAAGCCCUUCCCGCCAGCACGUCAAAUGUUGUCUACGGCCAUGCUGUACCCAUUCUCUGCCAGAAGCUGCUCGAGAUUCAGUUCAUCGACUUGGCCGAGCAAGCGCUCAGUACGUUAGAGAAGAUCUCGAUCGAGUACCCGUCGAGUAUUGUCCGCGCGGGAGGGUUGACUGCAUGCCUCUCCUACUUAGAGUUCUUCGCAACCAGCACGCAGCGGGUAGCUGUUACCACCGCCGCAAACUGCUGCCAGAACCUCGACCAAGAGUCUUUCCCUACCGUCCGAGAGGUUAUGCCGAUUCUGCUCAAUGUCCUCGGGAGCAAUGAUCAGAAGGUCGUGGAGAAGGGCUCUCUCUGCGUUACACGCAUCGUCGAGAGCUUCAGAUUCCACCCGCAGAAACUCGAGGAGCUUAUCAGUGUCGAUCUGCUCAAGGCCAUUCUCCGUCUGCUCCUCCCAGGCAGCACGAAUCUGAUCGGUGCCCAUAUCCACACCCAGUUUCUUCGGGUUCUUGCCUUCGCGGCCCGCGCUAGCCCGCGCCUAUCUGCCGAGCUGUUCAAGAUGAAUGUGGUCGAGACGCUAUAUCAGAUUCUGACCGGCGUCUCCCCGCCCACCGGCACUGACGAUAUCGCCUCGAAACUCGACAGCGUUCUCAUCAUGCAAGCACUAAUCCAUCGGCCCCGGGAUCAAAUUAUUGAGACUCUCAAUGUCAUCUGCGAGCUCCUGCCGAACCUCCCGAGAUCGGCGGACCCUGCUUCACCCGACCUCCCCGAUAUCAGCUCGCCCACCGAGCCUGUCACUCCGUCAUCACUCGGUUCCCGCCGGAAGACUACGAACGAGAAGCGGAUCGAGCUGUUGGAGAGCUGUGAGGAGGAGGUUCGGCGGUUCGCCAUGAUUCUGUUCCCCACUCUCACCGAUGCGUACUCGAGCACUGUCAACCUGAGCGUUCGGCAGAAGGUGCUAACGGCUCAACUCAAGAUGCUGUCCAACCUGGAUGAGAGCAUUCUUGUCGAUGCGCUGAAGCCUGUCUCCUACGCAUCCUUCUUGGCCGCCCUUAUCUCUCAACAGGAUCAUCCUUCGCUGGUCCUGUUUGCUAUACAUGCGGCCGACUUGCUGAUGCGACGCCUGGCUUCUGUAUACGAGUACCAGCUCUACCGCGAGGGUGUCAUUGGUGAAAUCGCCAAGCUUAGGAGUGAAGAACUGGAAACAGAACAGAAGCCCGAUGAGGAGCCCUCGCCAGAACCAACGGGCGAGCCCGAGACAGAGGCUGAGCCCGAGUCCAGGAGACACUCCGCGGAGCCCGCUGAGAACCAGUCCGACCACGAUGACUCCGAUGCUGAGGAUGAAGAGAAUGAGGACGUUGACGAAGAGGAGGACGAAGAUCACUCUCACCACUCUUCGGACGACGACGACGAUGACGAGGACGACGAGGGGCACGAGAAUGACCAUGAGGACGACAGGCACCGUGAUGAUAUGUCGGCUUCGCCCGUCAGUACCGAAGGCUCGACCAUGUCCAUGGCCGGACCUCCUAGUGGCCUCGUCUCGGGCUUCCCGUCCAUGAAGUCAAGGAUUAUUGAGACAGCCAAGAAAUUUCUUGAGGUCCACGAAAACGAACAGGAAGGCAAGGCCAUGAAGAAGAAGGCGACCGAGAUCCUGGCCAAUCUCUCGGCCUUGGCUUCUGAUAUCGAGAGCUUCUACCUUCGCCCUGCAUUUCCGUCUCACAUUGCUCUGGAGGGCGGCAUAGAGCUCUUCCAGAGGCUGGCAUCCUACUUCGACGCGGACGUGCUUGAGAGCGUGACCAGCGCUGAACUGCUCGCUUCCGGCGUUGUCCGUGUGCUCGAAGAAGUUCUAGGCAACCCCGAUAAACAACUAGCUGCAGCAGCACAGUCGGCGUUCCUCCAAGUGUUUAUGGGACAUACCGUCAACUCAAAGCCCAAGAUCGCUACUGCCGCUUCACCAACUACGCCUCUGAGCGUCCUGGUCCGCAAGCUUCAGGAUUUGCUCAGCAGGUCCGAACACUUUGAAGUCGUCACCGUCCACCAUCACUCAUUCGACAGCAAUCGGAGCAGUGCGGCGUCCAUGCUUGCAAAGCAGCUCCGACUCAAGCUGGUGGCUGAUGACGACUCGGACAUUCCUCGGCACUACCGCAAUAUCAUGGUCUCGAUCCACGCCAUCACAACUUUCCAGUCUCUCAAUGAUUACUUGAGACCGCGGAUUAGCCUUUCGGAUCGUUCCCGUGGGUCUAAGAGAGACGCGGUGUCGAGGGCGCUGGCUGCCAUGGCCAGCUCGGGUCUUCCGAUGAGUGCAGCAGCAGCCAGGCUAAUGGAGCGGUCGUUGCCGCCGUCUGGCGUCCCAGCCCCACCCCCUCCAUUUCCAGCUGCUGCAUCCUCGCAGCCAUCGGGUUCACGGUCCUCGCGGAAAUCCAAAUCCAAGACAGACCAGGGGCGUGAUGCUCCGGCAACACCGGAACCCUCGUCUUCGAGGGAAAAGGCCGCAUUGCGCCGGUCAUCCCGUCGCCAAGCGGUGUCGGAGGGCUUGGGCCCACCACCGCCGCCGCCUGAUGACGACGACGACCUUGAAAACGCCCUCGAGUGCGCGGACGAGAAGCCACUGUCGGACGACGAGGAAAUGGGCGAUGAUAGUGCCCUCGACAUGAUCCGCGGGGUUGACGAGGGCAUGGGAGAAGCACCAACGCCUGACCCAUCGGCCGUCAACAUGGAAAUUGCUGGGGGCAAGGUGACGGCACGCAAGGAAGACGGAACCAAGGUGCCUACGCCAGCCCAGAGUCAGAGCCGAUCCACGACUUCGCUCCCUAGUCGUACGAGUGCGUUGACGGCGGCUUUGCAAGGAACUCCGACCCCUACCCCGUCCUCACGUCCAAUGUCGUAUGCUGCCGCGGUUCAGUCUGUCCCGCAAGACUGGCAUAUCGAGUUCAGCAUUGACGGCAAAGUCAUACCCAACGAAACGACAAUUUACCGGGCUGUGAACAGCUCUGCAAAGACGUCCGAGGAUCAUUAUGGACGGAACGUAUGGUCUGCCGUCCAUCCGAUCAAGUUUCGGCGUGUACCCGGCCCUCCCCCUCCAGAGACUUCCGCCUUUGGCAGCAUCAUGGAUAACGGAACGGAGUCGGAAGACGGCGGCAUCGCUGGAUCCUUGGCGAAGUUCCCGGUUACGGCAUCUAUUCUGCGCCUGCUCAAGAAGCUACAUGAUCUCAACGCCAACAUUGACGACGUUCUUGUCGACAACAAGGAGAUCCUUAGGGUCAACAAGGAGCCUCGAUCGCAGUUCGUCAACACUAAACUCACAGCAAAGCUGAAUCGGCAGUUGGAGGAGCCGCUUAUCGUGGCGAGCAACUGCCUUCCGAGCUGGAGCGAGGAUCUGGCGAGGCUCUAUCCUUUCCUGUUCCCGUUCGAGACACGCCAUCUUUUCCUCCAGUCCACCUCGUUCGGGUAUGCCAGGUCCAUGACGCGCUGGCAAAAUGCCCAGGCUCAGGAGGAGGCGCGUCGAGACCGACGGGACGAGCGACUGUUCCUUGGCCGACUGCAGCGUCAGAAGGUCAGGAUCUCUCGAUCCAAAGUUCUGGAAUCUGCCCUAAAGGUCAUGGAGCUCUAUGGCGCCUCGCAAAGUGUUUUGGAAGUCGAGUACUUUGACGAAGUGGGCACCGGCCUGGGUCCUACGCUCGAGUUCUACUCGACUGUCUCGAAGGAGUUCUGCAAGAAGAAGCUCAAGCUCUGGCGUGACAACGAUCCCAACGGGGACGAUGAGUUUGUCUCUGGGCCGAACGGACUGUUCCCGCGACCCCUCAGCGAAGGAUAUGCGGCCUCGGAGGAAGGGGAGAAGAUUCUUCAGCUCUUCAAGGUCAUAGGAAAGUUUGUGGCGCGGUCAAUGGUCGACUCCCGCAUCAUCGAUCUCAACUUUAAUCCCAUCUUCUUCCGCAUCGGCGACGAGUCGACCGGGAUCCGCCCAUCCCUUGGAGCAGUCAAGUCGGUUGACCCGGUCAUUGCUAGAUCGCUCAUGACGGUCAAGAAGUUCGCGUUGGCGAAGAAAGCCAUCGACGAGGACCCCAAGCGGAGUGCCGCGCAGAAAGUGAUUGACACGGAGAACAUCACAGUCGACAAUAUCAAAAUUGACGACCUGUACCUCGACUUUACGCUGCCCGGCUACCCCGAGAUUGAGCUCAUUCCGAAUGGAUCCCAGACCCAGGUGACCAUUGAUAAUGUCGACCUCUAUCUGGAGAAGGUGAUCGACAUGACUUUGGGGAGCGGGGUCCGCCGGCAGGUGCAUGCUUUCCGGGCGGGUUUCUCGCAGGUGUUCCCGUACUCAACGCUGAGCACCUUUACACCGGACGAGCUCUGCACGCUCUUUGGACAAGUGGACGAGGACUGGUCUUUGGAGACUCUCAUGGAUUCUAUCAAGGCGGACCAUGGAUACAACCUGGACAGCAAGACGGUCAAGAACUUGCUGCAGGCCAUGAGCGAAUUCACGCCGGCGCAGCGCCGCGACUUCUUGCAGUUCACUACGGGCAGCCCGAAGCUGCCUAUUGGUGGCUUCAAGAAGCUGACGCCCAUGUUUACGGUCGUCUGUAAGCCGAGCGAGGCGCCUUACACAUCGGACGAUUAUCUUCCCAGCGUCAUGACGUGUGUCAACUAUCUCAAACUGCCCGACUACUCGGACAUUGACAUCCUGCGGAAGCGGCUGUUUACGGCCAUCAAGGAGGGCCAAGGCGCGUUUCACCUGUCUUGA